AUGAAAUGGACAGUGCGGACUCUUUCUAGGAAAGACAGCGGCGUCUGGGCGCACAUAGAAGAGGCUCCGUACCUGAAAAUAACUGCGGUUUUGCAGCAGGACGCUCUGCGAAUAUACCUAAAGUUUUUCGGGCACGAGGAGCUUGCCGAAACCGUGCCCGUGCCCGGCAUCACACUCCACCCGCAGCCGAAAAACUGCUCGGUGGCAAUUUGCACGGAUGCGCGGAAAAUACAGCUGAAGCUGCCAAGCGACUGCGCCUUAAAGGACAUGCACCGGACUGUGCUGUAUGCUGCAGAGGCCAAAAGGCUUGCAGCAGGCCUGGCGUCUAUCACAGACUCCAUGCGCAAAGCCCGUGCGCCUCGAGCUGCCCGAAAGGCCAAAGCUAACCACAGGCACUCUCACAGCAGGCUGCACUGA